UCGUUUCAACGCGAACCGACCACCACCGGCAGAGGGAAGAAUGCUUGAAAACAAACGAGAGAGGUUGAAAACCUUCCUGAGGAAGAUCGACGAGAAGGCCAUCGUCAAGAUAAAGCAUUUCAUGAAAGAGAGCUCUUGAUUUCUGCCUCUGACUGCGUCUGGCUGUUUUCUACGGCUCUGCACUAAAAAAGACCCGUACUCCCCUUUAAUUUGGAUCCGAGCGCAAAGGGUACUACCAUAGUGUGUUCUGUAGCUGUCUUGAACGACGAUGGUUAAACUCUCUUAAGGACCGUGGAAAUCAAGAGGGAGAAAAAGUUUGGUGGUUAUGGAAAGAAGGAAAAGCUUAUUUAACCAGCAGGUGGCUGAGGCUGAUUCUCCUCGCUUUAAGGAUCUGGGAAGCAGCUACCCAGUAGAGAGCAGUGGUGGUGGGCUGCCAGCCAAGGUGAAGAAAAGCAGGAGCAGCUUAAGCAAUGGCAGCUUCAAGAAGGCGGACACCAGAAAAACCUUGAGCUUGGAGGCGGCCCAGCUUGAGAUCCAGCAACAGCACAAAACCCUCACCAGACAAGUAGCCAUCAGUAGGUCGCAGACGUUCGACGCUGACAGUAAAGGCUUUGAGCGGACUGAGGGCACUGGCACACAAAGUAGCUUCAUCAAGCACAACAAGACAUUCCACAAGUUGUUUCCAGACAUUCCUGAGAAUGAAGACUUGAUCCAUGCAUACAUCUGCGCCCUGCUGAAGGAAGUGCCCUACCACGGCCGACUGUACGUCACCGACACCCAUGCCUGUUUCUACUCCUCCGUUUUGCUCAAGGACACUAAGGUGGUGAUUCCAAUUUCCAGCAUCCACAUAGUUAAGAAGCAGAACACGGCUUUGCUGGUACCCAACGCCUUGUCGAUCCGCACCUCCGACGGAGACAAGUACCUCUUCGUGUCGCUACGAAACAGAGAAUCGUGUUAUCAGCUGCUGCGUUCAGUCUGUCCUCAACUAGAGGAUGGCAGCACAAAUAGCAGCCCCGUCUUCUCCUCUGCAGAAAACAGCUUUGAUAAGAGUAAACUUGUGAACUCCAGUCAGUCCAGCCUGGACGACAGCUUCGACCAGUUCGAUGGCGCAGAGUCUCAGUCUUUGCAGGAGGAGCCUCAGCUUAGACCACAGAGAGAGUCGGUGACUAGUGGAAAGGCCUCUACUUUGAGGAGAAUGCACAUGCAGCAGACUGAAAGCUCAUCUUCAGAGGACCUGUCUGUGUCAGGUGGCUCAUGGGUUUGGAACGUGACUGAAAAAGCCAAGUCGCUGCUGGUUCAGAGAGAGGCCAGCAACCUCAACGCCCUACUCUUCAUUUACUUGAUUUUGGUUGUGCUGCUGCUGCUUUCUUCAGGCUACAUUGGUUUACGUAUCGUGGCCCUGGAGGAGCAGCUGACAUCCCUCGGUGCACUGCCUGAGUUCACCUUACAGAGCGGGUACCACCAAGACACAUAACACUGAACGAUUGAAGGAGAGAUCGGUUGACUCAUGACUGGAAGACUAUUUCAGCCUCUUCCCAGAAGAACCCAGCGGGUGAACUUAACUGUACUCAGACUCCGCCUCCCCACCACGGGCACCGUGCUGCUGCGCUAGAGGAAGAGGGGCCGACCUGUGCAAUUUUAAGAGACAACUUGUAGACUUGAAGGGCUAUACUUCUUCCUCUGGAGCGAACAAUAAGAUGUAGAGCCAAGCCAAAUUGUAAACGCGCGCUGCCUGGUUGCAGCGUGUCUUGUUGUUCAAACCAAAGCCAAAUGGCUCCGACUUGGCCCGGUGCCACGCUAGCCAAGGCAGGAACUGUUCCACGUCUGUCGACCUGUGUUGUCCUCUUCUCGCUGAGCAUGCGGUCUGAGCAGGGCUAUAACCAGCCAGCAUUAGCCUGAUGUCGUGCUUAUUAUUGCACCUCACCACUGGAGACGUAGUGCUAUGCAUAGCCAAAGAUGCACACGGUGCACGUCUUUUGCAUGAGUGCACGGCAGUGACUUUUUUUUUUCCUGUUGUUUAUUCCUCCAUCUAUCAACAGGAUAUUUAAACUGUCUUUAAACUGAGUAACCUUCGCAUACUUCGCUUCAGAUGGUUCCUAUCCUCCUGAUCAGUUGCGGGUUGGAAUGAUGAUGUCUGAAGUCUCAAAUUCAGAUCAGCCCACAGAGGCCUGAUACUUUUCCUGACGGUCUUAUCCUUUCUCUCUCUCUCCAAUCAGCGACGUUUGCAGUAUUACUUUCUCGUCUUUGGCAUGAUUUAAACUUGUUUAAUGAUCAAUGCUCAGAGGUUACUUUCCGUCCAGUCUCUACUGGACCAAUGCGUCAUCAAUGCACAAACAUUAGUACAAUAGGACAGGAGGAGGUUCUAAGAGUCAUAGACGUGUUUUUGUGUACGGCUUUUUCUACGAUUGAUCUUCAAGACUAGAUUUUAAACCUCUGUGUCUUUGACAGGCCUCUUGAGGACUGAGUGACAUUUCUAGCUUGUUUCAAGUAGCACCAAUAAUGUAUUUGUAACGUUCAUGUACGUGUCUGCAAUACCGACACCUGACUGAAUACUGUAUACGCAUUCUCACUCUUAUCACGUGGAGACGAGAAUUUAGAGCCACGUUUUCUGUAAGAUCAGGCAAAAACGAGUGGUCCCAAAAGCAAAUUUCAAUAUGCAAGACAUUAUUAUGCAUGGCAAAAUGUAAUUUAUCUUUGUGUAUAUUAUUUUUUUUUUUUUUAAAGCGAAGCUUGAUAUUUGUGGGGAAAUUGUGCAAGAAAAAAAAAAAAGAAGAUGUGAGUGAAAGGAAGGGCUCAAGUGAGCGAGCGCACUUUAAACAUGUGUUGUGCCUGUCACAAUCCAAGACACCAUGUUUGGAUUGAAAAGAAAUGGCAAAGCGUUGUAUGGUAUCCGAUGGUGCUAAGACCUCUUUUCUUUUCAUUUUUUUUUUUAAUAAAAAAAAAAACAACAACAAGAUUUCACUCAGGGGUGGUGGGCAGUACCUGCCACGUGGUUUUUAGGUUCCCUACUUUGUCAUUUCAGUGUUGAGUGCUCAUCACAUUCUGUACAUCUUUGGUGAUUUCUCCAUUGUCUCUUUGAGAAUGACCAAUUUUUCGAGUCCACUUGACUUUGCUUAUUGAUACAUUACUCAGCUUUUCAGAAUGCUUGAUCCCCCCCCCUCCUUUGAACUCCCCCAACGACACAUAUCUGUGCCACGUCUUGAUGAUUUAACAUCACCCUCAUUGUGGAAGAAGCUCUUUUUUUCAGGAGAGUCAUUUAAAGUGUUCAGUUUUUUUGUCAUCAAGCCACAUGCAAUGCUGUCACUACUUGUAAUCCUCCACCAGGGGGCGACACACACACACACGACCACUGUCUUCAAAUAGGUUCAACUGAAGAAAGUGGAUUUUGUUGGGGGUCGGGGGGGAAGUAUUUGUGUGGAUUUGCACUAUUCAAAGUGUUGUAAAUAAUUUUGUAUCGGUUGUUAAUGUCCCUAAUUCUGCUAUGGUCCUACAUAUAUUUAUUUGCAUUCUGUGUAAUUCAAAGUAGUCUCUGUGAGAUGGCUUUGCUAUUGUUCAAAAAUAAAAUCAGAUGUUUCGAAGUAAA